UUGCGUGCGUGUGCAUGCACUGCGGAUUGGCAUGCAUAUUGUUGCAUGCAUGCUUGGCAUGCCUUUAACGUGGCAUCGCUCAGCAACGUUGCUGUAAUAAUUAAUAGCAUGUUAAUUGUGAUGGAGACGAUGCGCCGUGUAUUUAUUGUUCCACCGCAACGCAAGAGAGCACGAAAGAGGCGAGAUCCGGGUAAAAAAAAAAAAAAAUUGUAAGCGGAUUUGAUUUCCCAACCACUGAAAGAGAUUAAGUCGACAGCAGCGCAAGUGAAAUUGUGCUGCAUAUAAAAAUGGGACGGAUUGGUCUUUCGAUGUGAGAUUGGUACCACCUUCCAUUCUGUAGCUAACACAAUCGCCAUGCACCCAAGCGAUCUCGUUUCAGCGACAUAGCACCAGUGUGCUGCUGUAAUAAAGCUUUAUUUUUGUGGAUUUGGGCUUGGUAGAUGACUAAUUUGCUGUAAACUGGGAAGAGUUUCGAUGAAGAGUGCGCGAGAGCUGCGCGCGCUCGGCAGCAGCAUCAUCAUCAGCAGCAGCAGCAGCCUCGAGCUCAAAUUCAGCACAGCUCACAUCUCAGAGCAUCAUCUCAGAGCAUCCAGACAGAAAAGACGUGUGCAAAAGUUUGACGAUAAGGUGCAAUCGAUUUAACGUAAGUGCAUGACUUAGACUUGAUGCUUGUGUCUUGGAUAUUGUAAAACCGGGGGUUGAGGGAUCACAACUGCAUAAAGGUAGUGCCGUAUUCCUGGAAAUCUAAAAUGGAUUAUGAGUGGGGAUUCAUCCUUCGGAGAAUGAUGUGGGGUGGAAGAGGAGCAGCUUGGCUUUGGAUUUGGGCCUGUUUACUGGUGACCAGUGUUCUGGCUGGGAAAAGCUCCAGUCAGACCGCAGAUGAGCAGAAAGACAACACCACAGUUUUCACCAGGAUUCUGGACAGCCUCCUCGAUGGCUACGACAACCGUCUCAGGCCCGGGCUCGGAGAGCGUGUAACCGAAGUCAAGACUGACAUUUUCGUGACGAGUAUUGGGCCGGUCUCGGACCAUGACAUGGAGUAUACCAUCGAUGUGUUCUUCAGGCAGAGCUGGAAGGACGAGAGGCUGAAGUUCAAAGGUCCCAUGGCAGUGCUCCGUCUCAACAAUCUCAUGGCCAGCAAAAUCUGGACCCCCGACACGUUUUUCCACAACGGAAAGAAGUCAGUCGCCCAUAACAUGACCAUGCCUAACAAACUGCUGCGGAUCACAGAGGAAGGAACUCUGCUUUACACUAUGAGGCUUACAGUCAGAGCUGAAUGUCCGAUGCAUUUGGAGGACUUCCCAAUGGAUGCCCAUGCUUGCCCUCUCAAAUUCGGCAGCUAUGCCUACACGAGGGCUGAAGUGGUGUAUGUGUGGACGCGAGGGGCGGCGCAGUCUGUGGUCGUGGCUGACGACGGCUCUCGGCUCAACCAGUAUGACUUGAUGGGACAGACGGUCGACUCGGGUGUGGUGCAGUCCAGCACUGGAGAGUACGUUGUCAUGAAAACACAUUUCCACCUCAAAAGGAAGAUCGGUUACUUUGUCAUCCAGACAUAUUUGCCGUGCAUCAUGACCGUGAUCCUGUCCCAGGUGUCCUUCUGGCUGAACAGGGAAUCUGUCCCCGCCAGAACUGUGUUUGGAGUGACCACUGUCCUUACCAUGACCACCCUGAGUAUCAGCGCGAGAAACUCUCUGCCCAAGGUGGCCUAUGCCACAGCCAUGGACUGGUUCAUCGCCGUUUGCUACGCCUUUGUCUUCUCGGCUCUCAUUGAGUUUGCCACCGUAAACUACUUCACCAAGAGGGGUUAUGCCUGGGAUGGGAAAAGUGUGGUGCCAGAAAAGCAAAAGAAGAAGAAGGAGUCAUUGCUGAAAAAGAACAACACCUACACGGCCGCGACAGCGACGACGUUUGCUCCGAAUAUUGCCAGAGACCCUGGUUUGGCAACUAUUGCUAAAAGUGCCCCCCCUCCGCCAACCGAGCCCAAGGAAGAGCCAAAACCCAAAGCUCCCGAGGCCAAGAAGACCUUCAACAGCGUGAGCAAGAUCGACAGGAUCGCCAGAAUAGCCUUCCCGCUGCUCUUCGGAACCUUUAACUUGGUGUAUUGGGCAACUUACUUGAAUAAAAAACCCAAAUUACAGGGCGCCCUGCAACCACACUAAUUCUAUCUCCUCGGGUUUUCUUUUUUUUUCUUUCUUUUCUUUCUUAUGUUUCUAAACACUAACAAAAAAGUGAAACGAAACAGUUUGUUUCAAUGAUAGUCACGCUCCCACUUUCAAGUUUGUGUCGACAUAUGUAACAUACUGUAUCUUCCUAUAUGAUAAAGAGAGGGACUGUAUUAUGUACAAACCACUGCACUGGAAGGAAACUCAUACUAUAUAAACAAACAGACACAGUAUAUCAGACCUGAGAAAAAGCUAUUCUGCAAAUGCACAUAGAAUUAUAGUUUAAAACUCCCUUCCUUAGAGAAUAGUUAACCCAAAAACAAAACAAAAAAAAUAUUAUUUCAUUAAAUACUCUCCCUCGUGUUGUUCCAAUCCUGUAUGCUCUUGUUGAACACAAAAGGAGACACUUUGCUUUUUUUGUUAUAAUGGCAGUUUAGCGACCUGUCAACAACAACACGCAGCGUAAAAGUAAAAGUAGUCCAUGCAAAUCACACACUUUAUUCUGAGUCUUCUGAUGUGUUCCUCACUUGAUGCUACCACAUAGAAAUAUAGGUGUUGUAUGCAGUUUUCUAUGGCGCUUUCAUUGUCUUUUUUGUUUUUGGACAUAUGUGCUGAUUGUGUUAUUGUAUGUGUAAACAUUCUGAAGAAUGUUCUACUUUUGUGUUUCAGAAGAAAAAACAGACAAAAACAGCAGACAGGUUUAAAACAACAUGAGGAUGAAAUUAAAAAAAAAAAAAAAAAAAAACGGGUGAACUGUUCUUUUAAGAUUCUUUUAACAUAAAAUAUGUUUUUGCAUUACAUUAGCAAUGUACAUGGAAUAGGUUUGCAUGGGUGAAGCUUUCUAUACCCAGUUAACAGCUUGAUUUAAACGGUCAUGUGUUCCUCUGUUUUUUCUCUUUAGCCUGUGUUCUGGAUCUUCUGUUAUUUGACCUUAUAUUCUACUAGGAUUCCAUUAACAGCAAUAAAACAUGUCUCAGCGGGGGUAAAAAAACAAUCAUUUACUCAUGGAUAUAAAAAGCGUAGAGAAAAGAUUAAUGUGUAUAUCACAAAGCAUACUAUUUAUUUUGUUUUCAUGUAAAUAUUAUAAAAUCUUAGAGAUGUCAAUAUUAAUUUUGAGCUUUGCUAAAUGUAACUACAAGGUACAAACUCAGUGCUUGACAGAGAAAGAGUGCAUUGUUUCGAUUUGUGCAGAUCAUCAAGGAAAUUCGGGUAUAUGAAUAUUUAUUUUAUUUUUAUUUAUGUUUUUUUUUUUUUCUAGACCCACUAGACAAUAGUUUUGAUUUACCUUUUGAUGAGUAUGUGUGUGCCGAUAUAAGUGAAAACUAGUAUAAAGAGUUUUUAAGGAGGGACUAAAGUAGAUACUUACAGUAGAAAGAAUGUAAACGUCUGUCUUGGUGUUGGAAUGCAAUUUUAUAUUUAGCAUUAAAAUACUCUUUAUUUAUUUUGGUAGAUGCUUUUUGAAAGAGAAAUUGUGGCGGGCGCACACGAGAUAUAAAAAUGAUGGCACUAGGGUUAUCACUUCUGUGCUGCUACUCGCUAGCAUCACUUAAAAGUGAACAAGUCAGAGCGAAUCAAGAGUAGUGCCUUGUAUAUAUUUGCAAGUUAAGAGGGCACUUUCUUAGAAGGUGCUCUCCUUGUUUCUUUGAAUUAGAUAUGGGCAACCUUUCAAAAACAUCACUGAAGAAAGUAUCAGCCACACUGCCUUUUGUCACACAUGCCAUAGUGAACAUAUAUUCCAUUACAGACAUGUUUGUCACUGCUCGUUAAUGAAAACUAAAAGAAGACAUGUCUAGCGAUUAGCCAUGUAUGUGAAUACACUGUUCUACAUAUAAAUAUGUCUUGUAGUGCUAUAACAAUGCCAAAUUUUUUUAUGUUUGUGGCAUGUCAGUUGCUCCUCAAGCACCUAUUGAAAAGAAACCAAACUUAUAAAGAGUAUCCUCUCUAUUUUUGGACUGAGAGAAAAAAAAAAAAAAAGUUCUCUUAAAUGAGGAACUUUCACAUUAUCAUACUUUACUUUGAUGUAGCAAUAUAGGUUAGUAAGGGCUUUUUUGUGACGGAAGUGAUAAAAGGCACACCAUUCUGAUCAAUUUGAGUUGCUCUUCUUGGUAUGUUUAUGAAUGCCUGAAAUAAGAAGCUCUUAUAAGUUUGCAGUACCCUUCUGUUUUGUCGAUUUGUUACUUUGUGUUUAAAAUGCACUUUUUUUUUUUUUUAAAUAAUGAAUACAUACACAAAAUUGUGAAACGGAUGUUUUUGGGGUAUGCCACUGGAUCAGGAACUUUCUGUCGCAUUAUCUGGACUGUGUGAUGCAGAUAAAUGUCAUGUUACCCCUCUUUAUUUCUUCUUUAUUUCUUCACAAAGACCUUUUGACGGUAUCUAGAGUUUGCUGAGUUUGUGCCAGAUUGAGCAGAGACUGAAAUUAUUCUGGGAAUUUACUCUGGGAUAUGUGUGAAACAGUAUGCAAAUGCACAGUUGUGGAUUCCUUUGGAGCCAGACUUUUGUGAAUGCGGUAAAAUUAUGAGUUCAUUGAUGCUAUAUAUAUAUAUAUAUAUAUAUAUAUAUAUAUAUAUGCACACACACACAUUUUCCAUGAUGAUACUUGUUCUAAAGAUGCAACAUUUUAUUUGUACCAACCUCUUGUUAUGCAUUUUGCACAUUAUAGGCAUAUUUAAUAUUUAUGUAGUCAGCUUUGUGCUAUGCAAGGAUAGCUCUGAACCAUAUUAAUUAGCUUCUCUCUCACUCCUCCUCACUAUCGUUUCCAAUAUAUAUUGUAAAAAGUCAUUUACGAACUGUUCACCCUAUUUAGCUGUGGGACUGUUUGUCAUUCUGAAAACUUGUAAGGAACGGGUGGUUCAGAUCUGGAAUAAUCCAUUUUAAAGACAGGGUAAUGUGGCAAUAAAAAAAUUUAAAAAAAGAUAGAUUGAAAAGAUUCUUUCAGUUAGUGUAUUAUAUUAUUUACACCACAAAUAAUAGAUAUAUUUAGAUUGUUUUGUUGCAUCUAAUAAUAUAUAUUUUUGAUGACCUGUGCUAUGGAUUAAAAACUUGUAAUUUUACUUUAUUUGUUUUAUGGGAGAUUAUAGCAUUUCAUAUGCAUACCAGAUUGUGAAAGUGGUUUAAUUUUUGAUUUUGCAAUGUACUGAAGUAAUCCAACACACACUGUAAUUAAAAAAAAAACUACAUUUGUGCUUGGCAAAAGUUGAAGUAACUACUAACUCGAAGGAUGAACAUGUGCAUAAACGGUCAUAGACACAAACAGCAAUGUGCACAAGUCCAGAGGCAAAGUAUGAUUUAUUCUGUACUGUACACUGGGAAAUCGUCUUUGUAAAGGUUUGCUUUCUUAAAUGUUAUGGCCCUGUAGAAUUUGAUUAUCUUCAUUAGUCAUACAAUAAAAGAUAAAAGAAAUCUA